AUGUUAUCUCCAAGGAACACCGUCUCUUCCACGCGCCGGCAACUCUUCCUCAAGUUCGUCAUCCCCGCGAAGCCAACUUUUGGCUCACUCGCCACUGCCCCAGCUUCUCCCACCGACCCGUUUUCCGGGCACCACCAGUUCAUCACUAGUUCCGACGACCGGAGACAAACGCAGGCCCGCCUUCCGGCGAACUACGAUCGGACGGCUGGAAUCGCAUCUCAACCGCGCGAGUUCGGGCUUCCCCAAAAGUAUGAGCUUUUAAUUGAAAAAUGCCGGCUUUCUUGUUCUGAUUUCGACUCCAAACAGGUCCACUCAGACAUAAUCAAGAACGGCAUCGGUAAUGAUCUUUUUGCCGGAAACACGCUCAUCAGUUCCUACUUCAGGACGGGGAAUAUUUCCGCCGCUCGUAAGGUGUUCAAUGAAAUGCCUUACAAGAAUCCCGUCACGUGGUCCUGUUUGAUCUCUGGGUACACUCAGAACGAAAUACUUCACGAUGCAUUGGCUGCAUUUAGUGAAAUGUUCUCCUCAGGGGUUUUCCCGACCCAUUACGCGCUCGGGAGUGCUUUAAGAUCCUGUCAGAAAAUGGGAAGCGGCGGCUUGAGACACGGGAUUCAAAUUCACGGUUUGAUCUCAAAAACCCAUCAUUCUUUCGAUGUGGUCAUCUGCAAUGUCCUUAUCUCGAUGUACUCGAACUGCAUUGUGGGCCCCGCCGGCUCGAUUCUCGCUCGUCGUCUUUUCGACACGAUAGCCGAUAAAAAUCCUGUUUCGUAUAAUUCUAUCAUCUCGGUUUACUCUCAGCGAGGGGACGUGCGUCCCACGUUCGACCUUUUUUCCGAAAUGCGGGAGAGUUUUUCGGGGUCUGAUUUCGGGCCUAACGAGUAUACGUACGGCAGCUUAAUAACCGCUGCAAGUGAAUCAGUCGAUGCCGAUGAUGGUUGCUUUUUGCUCAAGCAGCUGCUGGCAAAAAUCGAGAUGUCGGGACUUAUGGAGGAUUUGUAUGUCGGUAGUGCUCUCGUGAGUGGCUUCGGAAAGCUCGGUGAGAUCGAUAUUGCGAAAGGCAUAUUUCAGAAAAUGGGCACGAGAAAUGUGGUGUCUUUAAAUGGUUUGAUGGUUGGAUUAGUGAAAUUUAAGCGUGCUCGUGAAGCGGUUGAGAUUUUCUUGGAAGCAAAGGGAUUGGUUAAAGUUAAACUCAAUUCCGAUAGUUAUGUACUUCUCUUGAGUGCCUUUGGCGAGUUUUCGUGUUUGGAAGAAGGGAAAAGGAAAGGGAAAGAGGUGCAUGGAUACGUGACACGAACAGGGAUAAACGAUUCGAGUGUUUCGGUCGGGAACAGUUUGAUUAAUAUGUACGCCAAAUGUCGUUCUAUUAAAGAUGCACGUUCUGUCUUUAUCUCGAUGCUCGAUAAAGAUUCGGUCACGUGGAGUUCUAUAAUCUCGGGGCUCGACCAAAACGAGCGUUUCGAAGACGCGCUGUCGUGUUUUGUUGAAAUGAAAAAAUUCGAGCUAAUUCCUUCGAAUUUCACGCUGAUAAGCACUUUGAGUUCAUGCGCAAGUCUCGGCUGGAUUUGGAUGGGAGAGCAAAUUCAUUGCGAAGCAAUUAAGUUAGGACUUGAUUUAGAUGUCUCGGUAAGUAAUACACUUCUUACACUAUAUGCUGAUACCAAAUGCAUCACGAAAUGCAGGAAAUUGUUUUCUUUAAUGCCCGAUCACGAUAGCGUCUCGUGGAAUUCGAUUUUGCGGGCUUUUAAGGACAACGAGACUUCAAUAAUCGAGGCCUCAAAAUAUUUCUUACGCAUGAUGCGAUCUGGAUGGAGCCCAAACAACGUGACUUUUACAAACAUUCUUUCUGCAGCUGCAUCUCUCUGUAAUCUUGAACUUACUCGUCAAAUUCACUGCUUAGCUUUGAAACACCAAUUUACGGAAGAUAACAUAGUGAAAAACUCUCUGCUCACCUGCUAUGGAAAGUGUGGACAAAUAAACGAGUGCGAGAUUCUCUUCUCGAGAAUGGUUGAUAAAGAUGAGGUCGCUUGGAAUUCGAUGAUUUCGGGAUAUUUACACGACGAGAGGUUGGUGGAGGCCAUGGAUUUAGUAAAGCUCAUGCUGCAAAAUGGCCAAAGGUUGGAUCUUUUCACUUUCGCCACUGUUUUGAGCGCUUGUGCUUCUGUGGCGACACUCGAGCACGGCAUGGAAAUUCACGCCUGCGCGGCUAAGGCCCGUUUGGCAUCCGAUGUUGUUAUCGGGAGUGCACUUGUUGACAUGUACGCGAAAUGCGGGAGAAUAGAAUACGCGUCUCGAUUUUUCGAGCGAAUGCCUGUUAAAAACGUUUAUUCGUGGAACUCGAUGAUAUCGGGCUACGCGCGGCAUGGAGAUGGGGAGAAAGCACUCGAAAUAUUCGCGCGAAUGAAAAUCGAAAACCAACAAAAACCGGAUCACGUGACUUUUGUUGGGGUCUUGUCGGCUUGUAGCCACAUGGGAUUGGUUCGUGAAGGUUACGAGCAUUUCGAGUCUAUGACCGAAAUUUAUAGCCUUACUCCGAAAAUCGAACAUUUUUCGUGCAUGGUCGAUUUACUUGGGCGGGCGGGCGAAUUUAAUAAAUUAGAGGAGUUUAUAAAUAAUAUGCCGAUCGAUCCUAAUGUUCUGAUAUGGCGAACUGUUUUGAGUGCGUGCGGCCGUUCGAGCGGCCGAACGCUUGAUUUGGGCAAAAGGGCUGCUAAGAUGAUAAUCGAUUUAGAGCCACAUAACGCGGUUAACUAUGUGCUUGUAGCUAAUAUGUACGCUUCAGGGGCAAAAUGGGAAUAUGUGGCGGAAGCGAGACGUGCGAUGAAAACGGCGAAAGUUCGAAAAGAAGCCGGGUGCAGUUGGGUUUCUAUGAGAGAUGGGAUUCACGUUUUUGUUUCGGGUGAUAAGUUGCACGCUAAUGUGGGUAAAAUAUACGAGAAGCUCGGUGAAUUGUACGGUAAAAUGAAGGCUAAGGGGUAUACGCCUGAGGUGAAAUAUGCUCUGUAUGAUGUUGAGAUGGAGAAUAAGGAAGAAGUACUGAGUUACCACAGUGAAAAACUUGCGGUUGCUUUUGUGCUCACGCGCGAAUGUGAAUCGAAACUGCCGAUUAGGAUUAUGAAAAACCUUCGGGUUUGUGGGGACUGUCACUUGGCGUUCAAGUAUAUAUCGGAAAUUGUAGGCAGGCGUAUCGUGCUGCGUGACUCCAACAGGCCACAUACGCGGAAAACCGACGAGGCCUGGCAAUAUUACACCCAAUGCCCCCACCUCCCGAGCGCCGCCUGCCUCAGCCGCCUGGUCUCCCAGCUCUCCUACCUCAACACGGCGGAGGGCCUCACCCGUGCUCAGUCCAUCAUCCAACGCCUCCGCCUCGAGCGGCAGCUCCACCGUCUCGACGCCAACUCGCUCGGCCUCCUGGCGGUGGCCGCCGCCAAGGGCGGCCACACCCUCUACGCCGCCUCCAUAGUCAAAUCCAUGCUCAAGUCCGGCUACCUUCCCCAUGUCAAGGCGUGGAGUGCCGUGGUUAGCCGGCUCUCCUCCUCCGGCGACGACGGCCCAACUGAAGCCCUUAAACUCUUUCAUUCCGUCACGAAAAGGGUCCGCAGGCUUCAAGAUUCCGAGCUCGAUGAAAAUUCGAGACCCGAUACAGGUGCUUACAACGCUGUCCUCAAUGCCUGUGCUAAUUUGGGCGAUGUCAAGACAUUCCACCAACUGUUCGAUGAAAUGCCCCAGUUCAAAUGCGAGCCGAAUAUCUUAACGUAUAACAUCAUGAUCAAAUUCUUCGCUCGGGUCGAGAGGAAGGACCUGCUCGUUUACGUUCUCGAGAGAAUAAUCCAAAAGGAGAUACCGAUUUGCUUGACGACUUUGCAUUCUCUUGUCGCGGCUUAUGUCGGUUUUGGCGAUUUGGAGACUGCCGAAAAGCUCGUUCAGGCAAUGAGAGAAAAAAGAUUAGACCUUUGCAGGAUUUUGAGGGAUUCUUGUUCAAAUGAUUCGUACUCUGAUAACUCUGAUGAUGACGAUGAUGAUGAUGAUGAUGACGACGAGGAAGAGGAGGAGGAUGAAGUAAUAAGGCACGAAAAUGACUUAUUCGUAAAACUACUACCAAAUUACUCGAUCGAUCAUGAUUAUGACCCGCCGCCCGAUUUACCUAACCCGAUAACACCCGACACUAGAAUCUACACGACUUUAAUGAAAGGCUAUAUGAAAGUUGGUCGAGUGGCCGAUACGGUUAGAAUGCUCGAGGCAAUGAGUCACCAAGAAGACACUCUUUCCCAUCCGGACCACGUGACUUACACAACCGUAAUAUCCGCAUUCGUAAAAUCCGGUUCGAUGGAAAAAGCUCGGCAAGUGCUCAAAGAAAUGGCCCGAAUCCAAAUCCCGGCGAACCUCGUGACUUACAACAUUCUCCUCAAAGGGUAUUGUCAUCAACAUCAGAUCGACAAAGCCGAGAGUCUAAUUCAUGAGAUGGUUGAGUCGAAAAUCGAGCCUGACGUGAUUUCUUACAACACGUUGAUCGACGGAUGUAUACUGGUGGACGAUUUUUCGGGGGCAUUUACGUACUUCAACGAGAUGCGAAAGCGCGGGAUCGCGCCCUCGAAAGUGAGCUACACGACUUUGAUGAAAGCCUUCGCCACGUCCGGCCAGCCGAGGCUGGCCGGACGUGUCUUCGACGAGAUGUUGCGGGACCCGCGCGUGAAAGUCGACUUAGUCGCGUGGAAUGUGUUGGUCGAGGGUUAUUGUAAGCUCGGUUUGGUGGACGAGGCGAAAGGGGUUAUUCAAAAAAUGAAGGAAAACGGGUUUUUUCCGAACGUGGCAACUUACGGUAGUCUAGCGAACGGGAUAGCUAUAGCGAGAAAACCGGGUGAGGCUCUUUUGCUAUGGAAAGAGGUGAAAGAGAGAUGUGGACCCGAGAAUGAAAAGAUUCCGGCUUUGAAACCGGACGAGGGGCUUUUGGAUGCUUUGGCGGAUAUUUGCGUGAGGGCGGCUUUUUUUAGGAAGGCUUUGGAGAUUGUGGCGUGUAUGGAGGAAAACGGUAUAUCGCCGAAUAAGACUAAGUAUAAGAGGAUUUAUGUGGAGAUGCAUUCGAGGAUGUUUACGAGUAAGCACGCUUCGCAGGCAAGGAAAGAUAGGAGGAAGGAGAGGAAAAGGGCGGCCGAGGCUUUUAAGUUCUGGUUAGGGCUGCCGAACGAGUAUUAUGAGAGCGAGUGGCGACUCGACCAGGCACGAAGAUGA